CAGGAUUCCGCUCCCUUUAAACUCAGGGCAGCAUUAGUGAAACAACCAAGUGAAUCUGAGAUACUUGUAAGGUGCUAAUCUUACAAUUGUAUUAAAAUUGCAUUUUCCGUUGUUAUUUUUUAAGAAAAUGAAUAUGUCAAGUGUGACUUUUAUGUUAAUCUCCUAUUUGUGGAUUGGCGUUUUGGGAAGUAAAUAUUCCAGAGACAUGAAUGAGCCAAAACCUACUGAUAGUAAAAACACUCCGGAGUUCAGAAUCGCCAAAAUAAACCAGGUUUGGGAGAAAGCACUGCGGAUGCAGCUACCUCCUGUGAAGCAGUCAGAGCUGCACAGUGACCUUAAGAUUCAGGAGAAGGAAGAGCUGCAGUGGAAGAAACUAAAGGCGGAGGGACUCGAUAAGGAUGGUGAAAAAGAAGCAAAGCUGAGGCGCAAUUUCAACAUAAUUCUUGCCACAUAUGGCCUCGAUGGCAAAAAGGACACAAGGCCUAUAGAAACCAAUUAUCUAAAAGACCAUGAAAGUAAAGAUUCUGGUACAUUUGAUGAUCCCCGAUUGGAGAAACUGUGGAACAAGGCAAAAACUUCAGGCAAAUUCUCAGAGGAGGAACUUAAGAAUCUUCAAAGGGAAUUUCAGCACCACCAAGAAAAAAUCCAAGAAUACAACAUUGUAAUGGAUGCUGUCAGCAGAACCGAAGAGAUCCACAAGAAUGUGAUUAGCCCUGUGGAAGCAGAUGUCAAAACUCAUGCUCUUCACGAGAAGCAUGCAGAUCUUAAGGAGAAGAUGAGGAACCUCAACCAAGGUUUUGAACGCCUGCGCAAGAUUAGUCACCAAGGUUUUAAUGAAGACAGUGAAUUUAAAGAACCAAGAGUCAUUGAGCUUUGGGACAUGGCCAAAAGAGCAAACUUCACAGAAGAUGAGCUUGACACACUUAAAGAGGAGCUGAGCCAUUUUCAGACAAAGGUUGAGAAGCACCAGCAUUAUCAAGAGCAGCUGGAGUUGUCACAUCAGAAACUGAAGCAUGUGGAGGCACUGGGAGACAAGGAGCACAUACAGAGGAAUAAAGACAAAUACGACAUGUUAUCUGAAAAAACACGAGAAAUAGGCUAUAAGAUGAAGAAGCACCUGCAGGACUUGACAAGCAAGAUUACACGGACUGGACUCCGGCACAAUGAACUCUGAGCAUUACAAUGUGAUGAUUUUAAUCUUUCUGACUUUAAAUCAGUGCAAAUGCUUUCAGUCUCUACACGAUCAACUGUAAAGAGUUUUAAAGGGUCUAACAAUAUUUAUUCCAAUUUUUUUUGUGCUAAACAUGAUUUAUCAUUUUAUUAUUUCAAACCUGACAUGAUUUUUGGUCUAAACACCAUGUGUAGCAGUAUGAAUCUUUUUGAUCGAUGAUGACUUUGUAUAAAUUUAAUACAGUGAAGCUGGUACUUCUCCAAAAUUGUCUGUAGAAUCAUUGUGACGCUUGCUGAACUGGUACUAAAGCUGUUUGAUUCUCAUUAAUUUGUAUCUAUUCAUAAUAUAUGUGCCUUUGCUUUCUUUCCCUGGGUGCAGCACUGCAACACUGAGGAGGAUUAAUUUUAAUGAUUAAUUUCAGUUUGAUAAGACUUGAAAGCCUUGUAUGAUCUGUGGAAAGUGUUGAGUAAGUGGUGCAGUACUCUCUGCAGGCCAUUGUGAGCCUGAAAUGCUUGUCUGAAUGUUCUGUUGCAAAUCAUUUUAUUAUUGAUUUAACUGUCAAUGUUUAAACCAAGAGAAAUGCACAAGAACAAAGGAAAUGUGGAGAGCAGCAAAUACUACUAGUACAAACCUAUUGAGAAUAAAUGCUCUGCACUCAAGCUGAAA